CUUCAGAUCAGAAGAUGAGUGAUUUGGAGGAAGAGGAGGACGGAGCAGAGUCUGUAGUAUCUGGCUGUCUGUCUAUGAAGAGUGACUUUUCCAAAGAGGAACCUCCAUUCUUCAGUAAUGAACCUGGACCAUCAGACACAAAACUGACUUCAGAUCAGAAGAUGAGUGAUUUGGAGGAAGAGGAGGACGGAGCAGAGUCUGUAGUAUCUGGCUGUCAGUCUAUGAAGAGUGACCGGUCCAAAGAGGAACCUCCAUUCUUCAGUAAUGAAUCUGGACCCUCAGACACAAAAAAGAGGAAGAGGAGUGAUGUUUCUGAGGAGGCGCAGCCGUCCAGAUCCAGAACCCGAGCUGGACUGCAGACAGCCAAUCAGAGCAGCUCUGAACAAAUGAAUGUUGGUCGUCAGAAACAUAAGAUCAGGCUGAAGGGGACAUUUGAACGUGUGACUGAAGGAGCUGAAACAGGAAGUAGAACCCUCCUCAACAGGAUCUACACUGCCCUGUACAUCAUAGAUGGACAGAGUGAAGAGGUUAAUACCCAACAUGAGGUGAGGCAGCUCGAGACAGCUUCCAUGAAGAAGACCCUCCAUGACUCUCCAAUCAAGUGCUGCGACAUCUUUAAAGCCUUACCUGACCAACAGAAACACAUCAGAGUGGUUCUGACGAGCGGCGUCGCUGGCGUUGGAAAAACCUUCUCAGUGCAGAAGUUCUGUCUGGACUGGGCCGAGGGUUUGGAAAACCAAGAUAUCAGUCUGGUGAUUCCUCUUUCCUUCAGGGAGCUGAACUUGAUCAAAGAUGACCAGUACAGUCUUCUGGAGCUGCUCCGUGUUUUCCAUCCAACAUUACAGGAGGUCACAGCAGAGCAGCUCGCUGGCUCUAAAGUUCUCUUCAUCUUUGACGGCCUGGAUGAAGGCAGAUUUUCACUGGAUUUCAACAACAAUGAGGCUGUUUCUGAUGUCACACAGAAGUCAUCAGUCAACGUGCUGUUGACAAACCUCAUCCAGGGGAAGCUGCUUCCCUCGGCUCUCGUCUGGAUAACUUCCCGACCUGCAGCAGCCAAUCAGAUCCCUCCUGCAUGUGUUGACAGGGUAACAGAAGUACAAGGCUUUACUGACGCCCAGAAGGAGGAGUACUUCCGGAAGAGAGUCAGUGAUGAAGAGCUGUCCAGCAGAAUCAUCUCCCACAUCAAGACAUCCAGGAGCCUCCACAUCAUGUGUCUGAUCCCAGUCUUCUGCUGGAUCACUGCUACAGUUCUGGACCACAUGUUGACUACAGACCAGAGAGGAGAGCUGCCCAAGAGCCUGACUGACAUGUACUCACACUUCCUGCUGGUUCAGACAAAGAGGAAGAAGCUCAAGUAUGCUGAGGGACAUGAGACGAGUCCACAGGAGCUGACGGAGGCUGACAGGGAAGUUCUUCUGAAGCUGGGGAGGCUGGCGUUUGAACAGCUGGAGAAAGGAAACAUCAUGUUCUACCAAGAAGACCUGGAGCGCUGUGGUCUGGAUGUCACAGAGGCCUCGCUGUACUCAGGAGUUUGUACAGAGAUCUUCAAAAGAGAGAGUGUGAUCUUCCAGAAAGCAGUCUACUGCUUCGUUCAUCUGAGCGUUCAGGAGUUUUUGGCUGCAGUCUACCUGUUCCACUGUUACACCAACAGGAACACACAGGUACUGAAGGACUUCCUGGGGGAAGACUAUGUUAGUUCAUCCCUGGAUGUCUUCCUGAAGACAGCCAUGAAGAAAUCCCUUGAAAGUGAAAAUGGCCACCUGGACCUGUUUGUCCGCUUCCUUCAUGGCCUCUCUCUGGAGUCCAACCAGAGACUCUUAGGAGGCCUGCUGGGUCAGACAGACAACAGUCCAGAAAUCAUCCAGAGAGUCAUCGACAACCUGAAGGAGAUGAACAGAUAUGGGAGUUCUCCUGACAGAAGCAUCAACAUCUUCCACUGUCUGACGGAGAUGAACGACCACUCAGUCCAUCAGGAGAUCCAAGAGUUCCUGAAGUCAGAGAACAGAUUAGAGAAGAAACUCUCUGAGAUCCACUGCUCAGCUCUGGCCUACAUGCUGCAGAUGUCAGAGGAGGUUCUGGAUGAGUUGAACCUGAACAAGUACAACACAUCAACGGAGGGACGACGGAGACUGAUUCCAGCUGUGAGGAACUGCAGAAAGGCUCGAUUGUGGAACUGCAGUUUGUCAGAUAUCAGCUGUGCUUCUCUGGUCUCAGCUCUGAAGUCCAACCCCUCCCAUCUGAGAGAGCUGGACCUGAGUAGAAAUAAGCUGCAGGAUUCAGGAGUGAAGCUGCUGUGUGGUUUUCUGGAGAGUCCACACUGUAGACUGGAGACUCUGAGAUUGUGGGACUGCAGUUUGUCAGAGAUCAGCUGUGCUUCUCUGGCCUCAGCUCUGAAGACCAACCCCUCCCAUCUGAGAGAGCUGGACCUGAGUAACAACUUCCUGCAGGAUUCAGACGUGAAGCAGCUGUGUGAUCUUGUGGAGAGUCCAAACUGUCGACUGGAGACUUUGAGAUUGGUGUGCUGCGGUUUGUCAGAGAUCAACUGUGCUGAUCUGUUCUCAGCUCUGAAGUCCAACCCCUCCCAUCUGAGAGAGCUGGACCUAAGUAACAACAACUUGCAUGAUUCAGGAAUGAAGCUGCUGUGUGGUUUUCUGGAGAGUCCACACUGUAGACUGGAGACUCUGAGACUUUUUGGCUGUGACCUCUCUGAGACAGACUGUGAAGUUGUGGCCUCAGCUCUGAAGGUCAACCCCUCCCAUCUGAGAGAGCUGGACCUGAGAGACAACAACCUGAAGGAGUCAGACGUGAAGCUGCUGUGUGAUCUUGUGGAGAGUCCACACUGUAUACUGGAGACUCUGAGAUUAAAGGACUGCAGUUUGUCAAAGAUCAGCUGUGCUUCUCUGGCCUCAGCUCUGAUGUCCAACCCCUCCCAUCUGAGAGAGCUGGACCUGAGUGACAACAUGCUGCAGGAUUCAGGAGUGAAGCUGCUGUGUGGUUUUCUGGAGAGUCCACACUGUAGACUGGAGACUCUGAGAUUGAAGGACUGCAGUUUGUUAGCGAUCAGCUCUGCUUCUCUGGUCUCAGCUCUGAAGUCCAACCCCUCCCAUCUGAGAGAGAUAGACAUCAGUCUCAACAUGCUGCAGGAUUCAGACGUGAAGCUGCUGUGUGCUCUUGUGGAGAGUCCAAACUGUAGACUGGAGACUCUGAGGAUGGAUGACAGAGUAUACAGGGCUGCACCUGACAGACAAGGAGGAGAUCUGUCUACGUCAAAGACAGACCUUGAUGUGUCUGAGGACAGAAGAGAGGAUCAGCUGUCUCCUGAUGAUCCAGAGAGGUUGAAGCAGCAGCAGCUUGUGUGUGGAGAGGCUCCCGAUACAAAUGAAAUGUUCCAUUUCACACCUGAGCUGCUGACUGAGUCUGGAAAGACUUCAUACAGGUUCAGGUGUCCUGGUCCAGGUGUGUUCCAGUGUGCUUUGACUGGACUGGUGUUUGUUACGACUCAGGAGGCGGAGCUGCUGUACAACACUGUCCAAUGGGAUGAGAGCCUCCUCCAAUCAGCUGGCAGGAUGGCUGCAGGGCCGCUGUUUGACAUCAAGUGUUCAGAGGAUGGAGCAGUCUGUCAGCUCCACCUUCCACACUGUGAAACAAAGGAUGCGCUGCUUGUUGAUGGCCUGUUGUAUGUCGUCCACAUCACUGAUUAUGGGAUGAGCAUCUUGGAGCCGCUGAAGAUUACAGACACUCAUGUGGUCGUGAAGGUCCCUCACCUCUCUGCCUUUGGCCUGAUCUGGGAUUUCGUUAGAAGAUUUCUGAACAUCUCAUUGGUAAUAGAGGCCCAAGUUCUGCUGUUCCUCCGACCUCCGGACACGGGGCCUCGAGUCCUAGAUGUUCUACUGCUGCCCCGCAACGUCCUUCUAGAUGAGGUUGAAAAGAAACAAAGAGGUGCUAAACACAUUAGGAUCUCUUCCAAAUGUCAACUCAGCAUUGAUCAAAGUUACAGUGUCCACUGUCAACCUGAGGGCUUUAUAAUACAGCCUGAGCAUGAAACAUUUAGCUCAGACUAUGGACCAAAUUACCAUCCAACAUUUGAAGUUUUCCUGGAGACGAUCCCAGAGAAGGUGACUUUGAUGGUCCAGGACCGAGAGAGGACAGAAGUCUGGAGACGUGACGUGUCUUUGAAAGGUCCAACUGGGCCAAAUCCACAGAGGAAUGACCCAGCAGAGGACAGCGUCCCAGCAGAGGACAGCGUCCCAGCAGAGGACAGCGUCCCAGCAGAGGACGCUGAAGAAAGGCUGUUGGUAGUUCGGACACAGUUUGUACAGCGAGUGUCUGAUCCUGUUCUGAACCAGCUUCUGGAUAAACUCCUUGAGCGUGGUGUUAUAACUGAUGGUGAAAUGCAGUCAGUCAGAACAGGCAGAGCAGACAAAGCCCGAGACGUGAUGGACACGGUGAGAAGAAAAGGAAGUGCAGCCAGCUCAGUUCUGAUCUCUGCUCUCUGUGAGGUGGAUCCAGUCCUUUCCAGAGAGCUGAGAUUAAUCUGAAGAACCAAAC